AUGGCGCGGCGCUCGGGGGAGCUUGGGCACCAGGAGCUCACCAACUGCCUGUGGGCGCUGCGCGUGCUGCGCUACCGGCCGCCCGACAAGGCGCUCGCGCGGCUGGCGGCGCGCGCGGCGCUCCUGGCGUCGCGGGGCAAGCUGGACGUGCGGGAGCGGCGCUGCGUGCUGGAGGCUCUCGUGCUGUUGCGGGCGCCGCUGCCUAGGGACCACCCGCUGCUGCUGGCCGCGAGGGCGUCCGCCGCCGAGGCCGCGGCCGCCGCCGCGUGCAGCGCCCCCGCGCCGACGGCCGACGGCCGCGCCCCGCGCGCGCGAUUGUGGAGCGGCGGCGGCGGCGGGGCCGGGGGCGCCCGGCUUGACAACAGCGCGCUCGGAGAGGCGGCCGGCUCAGGCUUCGGCGGCGCGGACGCUGGCGCGGCGGUGGGGAAGGGCGUCGGUGCGGGCGGGGCCGCGGCCGCGGCAGAUGAGCAGCGGCCAGAGGCGGCCCCUGAGGCCCGGCGGCGCGGGGCGGCGGCGGCGGCGGCUGGGCGGCCACGUGCCGCCGGCGCGCAGUCCGGGCGUCUGCGGACUGCGGCGGAGCAGCAGCUGGCACCUGCCCCAUGA